AUGAAAACAAAUGAAAUAAAUACUUUGUUGCAAGAAUACGAUUUUGAUGGAAUUGAACUUAAUUUUGAAUUUUCAACGGAAACAAACGGUUUGAAAGAUUCUUACACGUCUUUUGUUAAGAACCUAAACCUGGUUUUUAAAAUAUUUUUCUAUUACGACAAAGCUGACAGACAAAGUCAACGGAGAAGAAUUAAAAGAAACGGUUAUGACGUCAUUGAAUCACAAGCAGAUGACAUCACGACGAAAGCAUAUCCGACUCAAGCACCCAAAACGGGAACGUCUAAAACUCAAUCUAUUAAAUCUACGACGGUUAAUCCGAAGGAAACGAGUGUGAAAAUCAGGGAAAAGAAAAAUGUCGAUAACGUCGAUGAUAAAAACGAAACGAUUUUUGAAGACUUCACAACCACCGAUUCCGAACAAGAUCCAAAUGAUUUAGAAAAAAUUAAAAAAUGUGAAAACGGUUUCAUUCUUAUUUUAAGGUUACCAGUGGAAUUGGAAAUAAUUGGAAAAAAAUAUGAUUUAAAAUCUUUAUCAAAGUACGCUGAUAUUUUAUCCAUAUCAACACAUAACAUAACAAAUAAAAAUGAAGAUGGAUUCACUUAUCAUCCAAGCAGAUUAAUGGGUUUAUCAGAUGAUUCCAUAUUGGAUUUCUUAUUGGGAAUGGGAACAAUCAAAUCAAAAAUUGUCAUAAGCAUUCCAGCAACAGCAUUAAAAUUUAAAUUAAAAAAUAUUGAUAAAAAUACACCGAGAUCACCUUCGGUAUCAUCACCGCAAAUAAUCGAUCAAUUUAAUUUAUGUUCCCUAUUUAAAAACAAAAACUGGACUCUGGAAAGAGAUGAAGAUUUAACGGCACCCUAUGCAUAUUCUGGAGAGGAAUGGAUAGCUUUUGAAGAUGAAAUUAGCUUCGAUCAAUAUUCUGACGAAUUUACCGUUUUUGAAUACGACUGUCCAGCAGGAUUGGCUUUUGACGAAAGAUGGGAAGUUUGUGUUUGGCCAGGUUCUUUACCCAAUGGAGCUCCAUGCACCGGUUCGUCAGAAAUCGCUCCAGUUCCAAGGUCUCACUAUAACUGUCCGAGCCAAGAAGGAUUUUAUGGAGAUCCCGAAAACUGCAGAUGGUUUUUUGCUUGUCUUGAUCAUACUCGUGAUGGAGUGACACCACUAACAGCAUAUGAAUUUAGAUGCCCGUUUGGUCUGGUUUUUAAUGAAGAAAAAUUGGCAUGUGACUGGCCUUGGAUCGUUGGUUCUUGCGGACAAAAAGGAUCGUCCGGUUAUGUGAAAUUAUCUUCGGGAGUGCAGUCUAAUGUUUUCAUUAAUGGAGGAAAUUUAGAAAGUUCAUUGGGUCAAUACGAUCAAAAUAGAGGAAACGGAGCAAUUAAUGGAUUUGGAAAAGGCUUCGGUAAUAGUUUUCAAGGAAGGGAACAAACUCCUACUUACAAUGGCGAUAACAGUGCAAGAGAUUAUAUUGCUAGUCAGUUUGAUAACGAAAAUCGUCAAAGAGGAUCAUUUGCAUCAUAUCCGGAUUAUAAAGUUUCUGGAGGACGUAUUCAAAACACAGAAGGCUUGGUCCUACAUGACAGCCUUAAUUUAUCUGGUUUUUCGGGAAAUUUUGGUAGCAAAAGCAAGCCUACAACCGAUUUUUCUGGUUCUGACUUUGGUCAAGGCAGUUUCCUUUCAAACAAUAAUGCAGGAGGUCUAAAUUUUGAAAAAACGGAUUUAAAAUACGAUAUUAAAAAUGUAGGAGGUUCAUCAAACACAAAUGAAGUCACAAUACCAUCCACAACCGCAAAACCUUAUUCAACUCCUGCCUUCAUUUCACAUAUUGAUAAAGACAAAAGUGUCAAUUAUGUAAAAGGAACAUCUGAUAGUAGUCCACAAACUUAUUCAUCUUCCAACGAUUUAUAUAAAUCCAAAGAAAUUUAUAAUCAAAAAUUUAAUGCUGGUAAAAAAGGAGGUUAUUCCGUGUCUGAGCCUUCCGAUGGAGAUGAACAAUUACAACCGUUAAAUUAUUUUAAAAAUGAACAACAUUCUUCGUCAGCAGUACUCCAAACGGACAAUAACAAUAAUAAUUAUUAUCAGCAUUUUGGAGUUCCAAAUUCAAAUGUAGAUUCCUCUUCUGAACUAUUAAAAACUAAAAACUUGCAGAAAUUUUAUUUGGGCAACUUUGAUGGAACACAACAAGGUCAAAAUAUUGGAAACUCUGAAGAACAAUACAAAAAUCUCAACAAUUUAUACAACGAGGCAAAAAGUACAACAUCUAACCUUAAAAUUUUACAGCAGCAACAAAUUAACGCUUUUAACGGAAAUGCUGAAAAUGACCAUCGAACAAACCUUGUAGGCACUUAUGGAAGUGUCAGUUCAUCAGAUUUUAACAGUGGCAGAUUUGAAAUCACUGCACCCCACACGGCUGAGGGUGAGUACCAAGCACCUGUCACGGUAACAGGCACCACUGUUAAUGGAUAUCAAGGAGCCAGUUCUUUGGAUAAUACUAAAAAUGGAUAUCACGGAGCUACUUUUUCAGGAAACACUGGUAGUACAUACCAUAGUGAAACUUUACCUGGAACGCCUGGAAAUGAAUAUCAGAGUAUCACUUCUCCUGAUUUUACUGGAAGUAAAUAUCAAGGUGAUGCUGUUUUGGAUUCGAAUAAAAACAAUGAAAAUACUGCUCAAAUCUUAACUGUAGGUCACUCACAACAGUCUGAAACAAGCUUUACUGGUGGACUUAAUGGUCCAUCUGCUCCUGGAUUUAAUACAGGAACUAGCUACAAAGAAUAUGGAUUUAACAAGGUUGAAAACUCGCAAAAUUCAGCUUUCGGCCAGUUAGGUGGCUCUGGUCAAGAUUUGAAUACUUACACUGCCUCGAAUUCUGGACAACAGUCUGACUCUUUCAAUGGAUCUCCUAAUCCACCUAAUCUCGGAUUCAAUUCGGAAAAUUUCCAUAAUACUCAUCAACAAUCAGGAAUUGUUUUCAAAAAUCCUCAGAGUUCACAAACUGGCACUUUAGGAAGCUUGCAUAGUUCUAGUCAGGUUUCUGGCCCGCAAACAUCUGGUUUUGUUACCAUUUCUUCUAACCCAAUUACUACGGGAUAUAGCACGAAUUCACACCAACAGCAGCUUGGAUCUUUUAAUUCUAACAACGCAAACGGUCAAAAUUUUGGAUACGGAAAUCAAGGUUCAAAUUUCCAUGCAGUUUAUUCUCAGCAAUCUCAGAAACAAUCGAUUAACGCUUUUGGUAGUAAUCCAAGUGUUUCAGGACUUAAUGGAGGUUCCAAUAGUCAAAUUUUAAAUAAUCUUAAUUCUGGCCAUCUUUUAAAUUCUCAUGUUUUAAGCACGGGAAGCCUUGGGCAACAAACUAAUUCUUUCAAUGGACCUAUUGGCUCCACCGCUUCAGUUUACAAUGGUGGAAAUGCUUAUAAACAACCAACAAGUAAUUUUGGACCCAAUGUAAAAAGUGCUUAUGAACAACACACAGCUUAUGUAUUUGUUCCUCAAAACACAAAUACAUUUAGUGGAAAUAAUGCAGUUCAUCAACCCAAAUCCAAUUUAUUUGGUAAUCAACAUGGAGUUACAACCCCUGCUUCUCAGUCACAAAUUCUAAGUUAUGGAUAUAAUAACAACCUUUCGCCAGCGGGAGCUACAAAUAGUUUUGGAAAACAUUUAAAUAUCAACACAGAAAAUCAAAACCUGAAUUCACAUACUAGUUAUAACAAUAUUCAGGGGCAAUCGCUAAAUUCAUUAGGUUUUGGACAAAGUGUAACUGAUACCGGAUCUCAAACCGGCAGUGCUUAUGAACAACAUUCAGGAUAUAUAGAUUCAGGUAGAAGUCAAGUUUCUUACGGUUUUAAUAAGAACAACGUUCAAGACUAUCAAUCAAACAGUUUUGGAUUCGGACCCCAAACUGCGUAUGAACAACACACAGGAUACAUGAAUCAAAAUGAGGUUAAUACUUAUAAACAAAAAUAUAACGUGGGUGAGAAUCAAAAUAAAUACUCUGGAUUUAAUGUAGUACCAUCUUUAACAAAUAACAGCUCUUUAUUUUCUACCAACAACAAUCUUAAAGAAAACUUUAAGGCUGCAAUCUCUGGCGAUUUUACUUUUACAACGCCAUCUGCAUCUUUUGUUUCCCCUUCGGUUACUCCAGCUUAUGAUAUACAGAGCAUAAAUAAAGUAAAUGGUGCCAAUGUUGUUUCUCAACAAUCGCUUCUUUCUGGAAACAAAAUUCAGUCGUAUCAAGCUGGAAUAAAUGGUGCGUUCAAUAAUGGAAAUAUUGAAAAACCUAAUUUACCUUUAUCACCUGAGCCACUAAAUCCAGAUUUAAUAAACUUUAAAUACAAAUCCCAACCAAAUAUAAAAUUAAGUAAUUAUGGUGCUCCUUCAGCUCAAGAUGUGGGCUUACCCUCUGGAUUUGAAAAGUUUGGUGAAAACGGAAACUUUGAUUCAAACUCCCAAUUAAUUUCAUUUAAAGACAGGCCAUUCCCAAAAAUAAUAUUCAAACAAAAAGAAAAUUCCGAAAUUAUUUAUAAUGUUCCGGGUCGAGCUCUUAACGAAGAAAACAAAGUUCAAAAUCCGUUGGAUGUAAUUUAUGUGAAUCAUCCGGAAGGCUCAAAACAAACUUCACAUUUAGGCUCGAAUGAUAAUGGAUUGAAAAAUACAGAUAAUGCUCAUACCGGUGGAUUGUUUUACAAUACUCCAAUAGUCGUUCCAUCAAAUGUUCUCCCGAAUUCAUUCAAAAAUUACAAUAAAAAUAUAAUAACUACCAGUCAAAAUUAUGGAUCAAGUAUUUCUAAUGUAUUCGUUUCAAAAACAGCUAAUAGUGGAAAUCAAGGCAGUGAGGAAGGAGGAAAGUUUUCUGUCACUUCGCAAAUAAACCCAGGAGAAAAAGAUGAAGAAAACAAUUUUGCACAAUUUAAAAAUGAUGGCCGGACACACUUAACCAAUCAAUACAAUCAAGGCAAUUUACAAGUGUCUUAUACUGCUUCAAAAUCAUCUCCAGGUAUUCAUUUAAGUUCUCCAAGACCAUUCAAUUAUAAAGGACAAACUGGAGUUUUAGAAAACAACGACGACGGCAAAGUAGAAAUUAAUAAUUUACAAUCCUUUUCUCACGGUUCAGGAAAUUUAAAAUUUUCCACCCCAGAAUCACCACAAAGUGGAAAAUUCGGCGGCAGCACUGAAUCCUCAGUUUAUAAAUAUUCUACAGGAACUCCUAAGGCUACAGUUUCUUCCGUAAAUUUUGUUGCAACACCAACUUCACAUCAAUUUAAUCAAGGUGUAUCAGUUCCUAGUGGUUUCACCUCAAGUUCUCCGACGACACCUUCACCUAGUUUGUACAACCAUAAUUUCCCAAGUACGACUCAACAAAUCACAACUCAAUUUUCACCUUCUCAAAGUAGUGGAGAAUUGGUUUCAAAAUUUUCAAUUGACUCUUCAUUGUCAAAAUCUCUCACUGCAAGUGCUGGAAAUUACAAAACAGAAGAACAUGUCGGGAAGUAUGCUACAGGAACUGGUCAAUCAAUACACUCUGAAAACUCUGGAAGCCAACCUUUUGUUCCUGUUUCAUUUAUACCCUCACACAGUAAUGUUUUGUCAACUGGAUCACAUUAUUCAAGUGUUCAGCAUAGUGAUAUAGCAUCCAAAACCGCUUUUCCACAGCAAAGUUUUAGAGGUUCUAAAGAUUUUUCUGACUCUCAGAAUUAUGCAGCACCAGCUAUUCACCAAACAGAACAAACCCAUCAAGAAGUUUCCUAUGAUAUUAUCAGUCAAAAACCUGCCGAUGUAGUUGUUAUAACAAGCAAAGCGUUUGCUAACAACGGAUUGAAUGGAGUCUCUCAAUUUACCGAACCAACAGUAAAAGAAUCACCAAAUCAAUAUUUACCACCAGGAAACUCUUAUAAUUUACCAGUUCAAUCUACUUCUUCGCCUGCUUUCUCGGUAACACCAACGCAAAGCAUACAAGUAGUUUCAGUGUCUGAUGAUAAAUCCACCUACAACAGUAAUGUUCAACAUAUUGCAAAUCCAGGUUUCGAAAUCGAACAGCAAAAAUUAAUUUCACAAGAAAUCCAGAUAAAUUUCCAAGAAAAUACAGAUUCGACUCAUAAUGAAGGAGGUACAUUGUUCCAUAAAACUUCCAAUAUCCAACUGCAUUCCACUCCGCCGCACUUUGUUUCUUCCACUACUGUCCAAACACCAACCAGUCAAAAUGAUGUUAAUUUAUUUUCGCCAUCUUCAACGGAAUCUUCAAAAACUUAUAUAACUUCAUUAAGUAAAAAACCUGGUAAAUUUUUUGGAUAUUUUGAAUCGCAAAAAGUCAGUAGCGAAAGCGGUGAAAUCUCCGAUACUCAAAAACAUCGGGAUUCACAAGGAAAAGCCUUAUUUCAACCCUCGAGUUUAUAUGUGAACGUCCCCGGUUCGCGAGGAUCUGGUUCUAUUGUAGCUUAUGACGGAACUCAAAAUUUUUCCACUGGACAUAGUUUUGAUUAUGGAUUGAAAAAUUCAAUAAAUGCGAAUGCUAAAAUUCCACUUCCGUCGGAAGAAUAUUUUGGUAAUGAAAAUCUCAAGAGUACCGAUUUUGGAGUGAGUACUUCUUCAGGAUCAGUUUCUAGUGAGGAUAUCAAUUCUGAUAUCGUUUCAUCGAAAACUCGAUUCCAAGGAGGAAUCACAAAAGACUACUUAGGUAAAAAUGAAGGUCAAAGUGGAAAUCAACAAUAUCAAGAUCAAUAUUCUGGAAGGUAUGGAAAAGUUAUUAAUUAUCACUCUGGAAAAUUCGAUGAGAACAGAAAUGGCGGUGGUUUAAGUGCUGCCACCAAUGGUAAGUUCGGUGGAAAAUAUGAAGCGAAAGAAGAACAUCACGAAUUUCCUGUUUCGUAUCUGCCGGCUACCAACAAAUACGAGGAAUAUAUAAUUGAAAAUAAUAAUAAUUAUGGCGCAAAAUCUAAAACACCAGGUUCUGCAGGUAUAGCAGUGAAUUUCAAUAAUGCUAAAGUUGAAAAUGAUAAAAAAUCAAUAAUUGUUGUAUCGCAAGUUAGUGAUGCUAAUCCAAUACUAAUUGACAAAUUAGCUGGACAAUGUAGUUGUCAAUCAAACGUUCUUGACCUAAGAGGUAAAAAACAAAAAUCAUCAGAUGCUUCACUUAGGAGAAGAAAACCCAAAAAUCGCUAUCAAACCCAAGAAUCUCCAUCAUCUAAGGUUAACGGACAGUACAACGUGGUAGUCGUACCUGAUUCAGAAAAUGUUGAUUAUGUCGGUUCAUCGACUCAAAGUCUUAAAAAUGAUUUUGCUUCGACAACGGCUGCCUACGAAUCGAUCACAUCCUCGAGUGUUCCGCCUGAAACAAAUCUUAAAAACAAUGGAGACGUUAACGGGGUAGGAAAUGCCAAAAAACCAAACAGAGGCAAAGCUCGAUAUUUGCCACCAUUGCUAUCUCCAAAUGAUGGCAGAUAUCAAGAUACAUAUUUAUUAUCUCCAAUAUCGGCCAAUCAACUUGUUGAAAACGGUGGAUUUGGUGCAGAAGAAUCGAGAACGCAAAACGAAAUCAGAGGACGUCCAUCAAAAACCUACGCAGGUGCUGCAUUUGAUAGAUACGGACCUGGAGGAUGGAGAAGUUUAGAUGAAACUCUUCAAGGAUCCGUCGAUUGCCAAAGAACGGGACUUUUUAGACAUCCUAAAUAUUGUAACAAAUUUUAUGCUUGCCAUUGGGAUCCGUGGGAAGAAAAAUUCACACUUCACGUCUUUAAUUGUCCGAUUCGUUUAACUUACGAUACCAGUAUUAGUGCUUGUAAUUGGCCUGUCGGGGGUCCGGCUUGUGCCGAUGACAAUCUUCUUGUUUAA